UCAACCAACCUCGACAAGAAUACUCCUGCUUGGGUGCUUCCUGCCAACCACCGCCAUUAGCAUCACUCACUGCCUCCCUCCCAAAAAAUCUUACCCGCUAAGAAAUGAAAUGAAAUUAAAAUUACAAAAAUCUCACUAUAAAUGAGGACAUAACACAUUUAAACACUGCACACGACAAUGCCAACAAACUCGCAGCAACAGUUUCACGCUUUCUACGAAGGAUGGAUCCAACGCAAACAGACUCUCCUCGACGAGCUUCUCACACUUUCCGACGCUCCCGACUCCCAACACAAACACAUCGCUCUCAUUGAAUCCGUUCUCUCCCACUACCAACAAUACUUCGAGCACAAAACACGCCUCCAAAACGACGACGUUUUGCUUCUCUUCUCUCCCACCUGGCUCUCCACCUACGAGCGAGCACUUCUGUGUGCGAUUGAGAGGGUCAGGGCGGAGACUAGGACCGGGGAGAGGGAGCUUUCUGCUGCAAUGGCGGCGUUUCAGGAGAGCGUGGCUAGUCCGCGCGUGUUGCAACGCGUUAGGAGAGUCGGGAGGUUGUUGGAUGGGGAGAUUGAUGAGCUUGAUGAGUCUAUGGGGGGGAUGAGGAACGCCGUGGGAGAGCUUUUUCAGAGAGCGGAUGAGUUGAGGGUGGCUACGGUUAGGAAGGUCGUGGCGGUUCUUUCUCCGCCGAAGACGGUUAGGUUUCUUGCCGCGGCCUUGGGGUUUCAGCUACGUGUCAGGCGGUGGGGGAUGGAAAGGGACCAGUCCCGUUGACGCCUUUGACUUUUUUUUUUUAAAAAUCUUUUUCUUAGAAGUAAAACGAAAACAAGUGCUCUGUGUUUUUUUCCUCACUCUGUUCUGCAGUGUGAGCUGUUUUUAUCAUGAUGAUAAUGAUUAUGAUUGUUAAUCAGAUACAUUUAUUUAUCAGUUCCACCAUAA